CACUGCUCAUGCCAUUCCUAGCCAAAAAGGAAUAAAGGACAUUAAAGCAAAACAAAAGAGGACAGAAAAAUAGGACAAGCAAUGCUAUCUUCUGACGAUGCCUCAUUCCGUCUGAGAGCGAAGCAGGAUGAAUUUAAUCUUCUCCAGAUUCUUGGCAUACUUUUACUUCGGAUUCCAAGUGGUUCUCCAUUCCCUCAUCGACCCGGGUCACUUUCAUCCCCAGCCGUGCCACAUCCUCGCUCAGAUAGGACACACGGUGCGCCUGGGUGUCCUCCUGCCUCCCCGCCAGCCCAUCAGGGUGCAGGCUGCCCUGCACCGCGCCCUCGGCGGUAUCGCCGACACUGGAAACAACUUUCUUCCCUACAACUUGAGCUUGGAAGUGGUGCCUUACGAGCCCCCGAACGGAGACCCCGAGUCGCUGUUCAGGUGUCUUUGUCAGUCCAUAGUGGUCCGGGGGGUUUCUGCUGUCCUCGCGUUCCCCCAAACCCAGGAAGAAAUACUCCAAGUGGAAUUUAUGUCAUCCUUUUUGGAAAUUCCUUUCAUAAGUAUUAUUGAACACGGAGAACCACUCAAAACUCAGAACCGUUUCCACCUGCAGAUGGUGACGCGGGUGCCUCCAUCAGGGCUGGCCGAGCUGCUGCUGGCCGUGCUUCAGCGGAGCGGCUGGGAGGAGGGCAUGGCUGUGCUCUGCCAGGGUUGGGAGGAAGCUGGCCUCCUCCAGCUCCUGGAGCCUCACGGUGGCGAAACAGGGGGCGUGGUUGAGGGUGUGGCCAAAGGCGGGGACCCUCGCUGGCACCUUCGUGCCGCCUUGGACCUUUCUGGCAGUACGCCAGGCGCGGCAGACGUGUCGGCUUUCCUGGCCGAGCGCUUCGGCCAAGAGCAGGCGCCGCCUGCCUCUAUGCUGCUGUUCGGGGCGGAUCCGCAGUGUGCUUCUGCUGUGCUGCAUGGGGCCCACCAGCUGGGCCUCACUCUGCCCUCUGUACACUGGAUCAUGGGAUACCCAUUGAGCCCGGACGCCCUGCACUCGAUCGGCCUGCCACUGGGCUUGCUGGCCUAUGGUGAGGUUGACCACAAGCCCCUGGACUUCUACAUCCGCGACGCGCUACAGCUGGUUGGCCGGGCUGUCACCGCUGCCACGGCUGUGCGACCAGACCUGGCCCUCAUCCAGAACAUGGUCAACUGCUUCGACAAGCCCAACAAACAUGAACUGCCGUCAUCUGGGCAGUACAUUGCCAGGUUCCUCUCUAACACGUCAUUCACAGGGCUGACAGGCCAGGUCAGCGUGCGGCGCAACGCCUCGCGCGUGCUCACCACGCAGCGUGUGCACGUGUGGAGCCUGCGCCGUGACGCCCUGGGCCAGCCCGCCUGGGUGACAGUGGGCAGCUGGGAGGGCGGGCGGCUGGAUGUAGAGGAGCAGGGCGUGUGGCAGGGCUCACCCCCCCGUCAUCGCGGCGACGGGAGGCAGGGUGGCGAAGGCGGCCGUUGGCGCUCCGGCCUCCCCGUGGCGGGGAGCCGCGUGCGUGUGGUCACGCUGGUCGAGCACCCGUUUGUGUUCACGCGGGACGUGGAUGAGGAUGGCAGCUGCCCGGCUGGCCAGUACUGCCUGGACGCCGGCACCAACAGCUCGGAGACGCUGGACCGUCUCUUCACCAGACGAGCACAGGCGAAUGGCACGAUCUUGCCGGCUGACCACGGCAGGUGCUGCUACGGCUACUGCAUCGACCUGCUGGAGAAACUGGCGGAGGACAUGGAUUUCGAGUUCGACCUGUAUAUCGUGGGCGACGGCAAGUACGGCGCAUGGAAAGGGGGGCGCUGGACGGGCCUGGUGGGCGACCUGCUGAGCGGCGUUGCCGACAUGGCCGUCACCAGCUUCAGCAUCAACUCGGCACGCAGCAAGGUGAUAGACUUCACUAGCCCGUUCUUCUCCACCAGCCUGGGCAUCCUGGUGCGGAGCAAGGACACAGCGGCGCCUAUCGGCGCCUUCAUGUGGCCCCUGCACUGGUCCAUGUGGGUGGGCGUCUUCGUGGCGCUGCACACCACCGCACUCUUCCUCACGCUCUACGAGUGGAAGAGCCCCUUCGGCAUGACGCCGCACGGGCGGAACCGGAUGAAGGUCUUCUCCUACUCGUCCGCCCUCAACCUGUGCUACGCCAUCCUCUUCGGCCGCACCGUCUCCAGCAAGACGCCCAAGUGCUGGACGGGACGCUUCCUCAUGAACCUCUGGGCCAUCUUCUGCCUGUUGGUGUUGUCCAGCUACACGGCCAACCUUGCUGCGGUUAUGGUCGGAGAGAAGACCUUCGAAGAGCUUUCGGGCAUUCACGAUGCCAAACUCCAUCACCCGUCUCAGGGCUUCCGCUUUGGCACGGUGCGAGAGAGCAGUGCAGAGGACUACAUGAAGAAAAGCUUCCCUGAAAUGCACGAGUACAUGAGGAGGUUCAACGAGCCAACCACCCCAGACGGCGUCGCAACACUCAAGACAGAUCCCCCUCAACUUGACGCUUUCAUCAUGGACAAGGCGCUGCUGGACUAUGAGGUGUCCAUCGACGCGGACUGCAAGCUGCUGACAGUCGGCAAACCCUUCGCUAUUGAAGGUUACGGCAUCGGCCUGCCCCAGAACUCCCCGCUCAGCUCCAACAUAUCGGAGUUCAUCAGCCGUUACAAAUCAGACGGCUACAUGGACAUGCUGCACGACAAGUGGUACAAGGUGGUGCCCUGCGGGAAGAGGGUCUUUGCGGUGACAGAGACAUUGCAGAUGGGCAUUCGUCACUUCUCAGGGUUGUUUGUGCUGCUGUGUCUGGGUGUGGCGGGGGCAUUACUCACUCUAGCAGGAGAACACGCCUUUUAUCGCCUGGUCCUGCCUCACAUUCGCAGACGGCAGAAAUUUAAAUACUGGCUCCACACCAGCCAGAAAAUCCACAGAGCUCUAAAUAUGACGUACGAGGAUGUGAAACGGCAGAGGGCAAAUGCGGAGAAAAGCUGUAAUAUUCAAAAGUCACAGUCCCCACAACCUCAAGCACCUCCUCCAACACGAUCCUUCGCCAAGUGGAACAACGAGAGCAAACAGACGGCCAAAGAGCCUAAAGACAACAAGAGGGUUCACUUCAACCUGGAGACCCUCAAUACACGGCGCCUCCUGGCCCGAGUGGUGGCAGAAGGGGGUCAGGGCGGCUCCAGUUCCAGCUCGGGCUCCGGGUCCGCCCCUGAUGGGAAUCAGCUGUUACGUUCAUGUGAGAACGGCGGGCCGGCCCCCCUACAGCCCACGAAACCGCUCCCGUUGUCUCUCCCCGGCUUAGCAACCCUUCCCAAGAAUGGGGAAUUGGAGGAACUGCAGGAGAAGAUCGAGGAGAUCCGCGGACAACUAAAGGAGGCGCUCGCUCGUCGGGCGCAGCUUCAGACGGCUCUGGCCAAAGAGCGGGCAGCUGCCGCCGUUACCCUGGUCACCCCGGGAGCUCCACCCACAGUCACCGCUACCAUCUGCCGUUCCCUUGUCAAAGACUCAGAGGGGAAAAGGUGAUGCUAUCGGUUUAUGGAGUGCCGACAUGGCUGUGGACAUGUGGAGGAAACGUAUGCAAUGAAGGACGGAAGGCUUCCUGUGUUGACAUCCACCCUGUCCAGUAGGCUUUAACUCAUGCCUGGGACCUUCUGCAGUCUUCAUGCUAUGGCACCAUCGAGCCCCAGGCACUGUUUUUGCUCAUGAGAAUGGUAAUGGGACAUUAUGUGGCCUCUUUACAAGAGUUUCAGAAACGUCUGUAUCUUGUAUGGAACCCCAACAACGAAACUGAGCCAUGUAGGCCAAUUGUCUUGAGACCUGAGGGCUAGAGCGAUCCAGUCCUCUGAAGACACUACUAAAAGUAUGCACCACUGGAGAAUAUGCACAGAAUUAGAUUUCCAUAUCCUAAGAGGACCAUUUACUCUUGUAUGCAAUUUCAUUUUUGUUUGAUAUUGUGGUGGAGUCUGCAAAAUGACAAUAUGGAGCACUGGAUUCCUCAGAGUGACAAAGGAGGUCAAAAACAAAGACUUUGCUGGGUUGAUCCUCUUCAGUUACCCAGUAUUCUCCAUCUGGAAGUAUAGGAUUGUUAAAUGGAUCAAAUUGGGGUUUUUUUUCCACAAAUAAAGUGUAAUGUAAGAAUGGCUAGAUAACAGAAUUCAGUUUUGUGAUCAUGAAUUGGUCUGUAAAUGGGAUCCAUUUAAUGGUUUACAUUUCAUUCUUUUGACAGAACUAACAAUUCAUCAACAAUCAUGAUGUCUUUUUUCCAUUCUCAGGGGUCCACAUGUUAAUAGAAAUUCACAGUUGAUUUUUCUAGGUCACUGCCCGUGACUGUUAUUUUAAAAGGCAAGUGACCAUUUUAUUUAAUAUUGGAUUUGAUUCAUCCUGGGUUCUAACCCUAUACACAGUUAUUUGGUUCAAGAGAAUUCUCUUCCAGUGGGCUUGAUCUAGCAAUCUGAAACAUGAUGCUCAAAGAAGGAACUCUUUAGAAAAAGGAUACCAGGCUGUUUACAACCAUAAUAUGCCAAGGUUUAGGAUGUUUUGCUGAUGAGUUUACAUACAGCUCCAGAAUAUUAGGCAAAAACUGCUCAGGACUUCAGGAUAAGGCCUAAAACUUGCAUAAUGGCAAUUUUCCCACUUAAAAGGUAAAACUAUCACAUUAAAUGCUAUGGAAACAACAACAAGAACAAGAGAAGACUACAGUUUGAAAGAAACAUUAAUUGAUGGCUUGUAUUGAAUUAGUGCUCUCCAUUUCCCAGUGACUGUUGAAGCCAAAUUAAAUUGGACAGUGUUGCACCAUAGACCAGUUCAGCUGUUUUAUAACUUCUAAAAUAUCUUCUCUUGCUUUAUACACCAUGUAUAGUAUUAUUGUACUGCUCUAAUUUGAAAAGGCAUUCAUACCUGGUGCAAAAAACAAAACAAAAAGACAAGUAACCAUUCAGAGUGGAAAAUACAUCUGCUUGUUUGAGAAUUUUGUUUUUACUGUUAAAUACAUCUGAAUGAAAGAGGAAAUCUGUUUCAGUAUAGAACUGUGCAUUUUCUUCACCUAACAGAAUGGACAGCAUCUCAUCACCCUGCAGUCUGACACAGAACAUCAAAUAGGCACAGAAUAAAAUAACGAGAAGUGAUCAUAAAAGCCCAAUAGGGGGCGUUCACACCGAAAAGUCCCAAACUUAAGAUAUUGCACUUUCUGAACGAGAUCAUCCUCUCAGAGUCGCUGGCGCUUACCUAGUCUUUGUGUUGCAUAGCCUUUAAAUGAAACCCUGACAAGAAAUUAAAUUAUGCACUUUCUUCCAGUUUUAUCACAGCCUAAGAGUGGAGUUUGACUAAUUUAUGCUGUGGUCUCAUUUUGAUGUCAUGGCAUGAGAGUUGUAAACUCAAGAUGACUGCACUAAUGAACUAAAGCUGUAAGGACAGGGGCCAUUUCAGCUUGCUUGGUUUUAGCUGAAGGUGAGCUGUAAGACAUGCAUGGCUCUCCAUGCUCACCAAUUACGAUCUAUUGGUAAAUGCACAUCAGACUACCUUUCUGUGACAUCUGGUAAUGUCAAUUUCUAACUGGUAUUGACAAUGAGACUGCAUAAAUUUUGAAUGACGGACACAUGACGACUCCUCUGUGACAACUUGCUCUAUUGUAAGACAUGAAUUGCUUGGUCUGGGUAUGUGCUAUAGUUGCCAUGGGAGUACCUGAGAAGGUUUCACUGCUUUUUAAAAAACCUUAAAUAUACAGUAUACUCCCACAUACCAUAACAAUUACUAUUUGGUAGAUUAAUAAAGAAUAUUCUCCAUAAUGUAAAUUGUAGGGAAAAAGAUGUCUAUUUUAGGUUUGCAUUUAUGAUGCUAUUAUUUCCUGUGAACUAAGCAAAGAGCAAGAAAUAUUAGUUAGCAGUACAAGGACAAAGUUCCGUCUGAUAAGGCUAUCGAUACAAGAUACCAUCACCACCUUCCAGUUUAGAGUAGCUUAAGGCAACCAUUUCAAAAUGCCCUCAAGUAAAAAUUCGACCUACAAAUGAAGGCCGAAAACUACCCACUAGCCUUCACAAAACUGUCCCUCAAUAGAGAGGAAGUACCAAGGAAACUAAAACGUCCUCCAAGAGUUUCUCGUCUUGCAGGUCAGAGUUAGGUGGUUGGACUGUCCAGGAGUAGAACCAUUUCAGAAGGUUGUAAAACUGAAGCAACAACGGCAUCAUUUUUUAAAUGAACAGUCAGGCCAUCCAAACAGGUAAUUUUUCUGCACAGUGGAAAAAGAAAACUCUACAGACCAAGAUUACUCAACACCUGCAUGUAAGCUUUAAAUGUACAUAAAAUGCAACAUGGCUAAAUGUUUCCAAGAAGCAGAAUCAGAGGUGUUUCUUCAGGGAGAAUAAACGCCUUCUGUUUGGGCUCUGCAUUAUAUUGGGUGAGCCUAAUUACGGCAUGUCACCUCAAAAACAUAUGCCAUUGAGGGUUUGGCUUGAAAUAACUGGUUAUGUCAAGACUGAUAUUCCUUUGUACUGCUGAGCUCUGAAAGACUCACAAGUAAUAUUGUAGAACACAUCAGCAUAUACAAACACACCCAGUGUUUCAAGAAACCAAAUCAUCAAUUAAUCAUUAAAAAAGAAAACACACAAAAAAAAAAAAAAAAAAAAAAAAAAAAAAAAA